AUGUUACUACAAACUGCCAAUGGUGCCUUGGUCACUCUGACGUCAAUUAUUUGCUCCGAUUGUACUGAGUACACCACUACAUUCACUUCAACUGAUUCUACUGGCGAUGUGGAAACAUUGACUGGUGUUGUUGAUGUUACAACCAACUCCAACGGUGCAUUGGUGACACUGACUUCAGUUCUUUCGGCAUGUUCCGGAUGCACCGAGUACACUACUAGAUUCACGUCUCUCGAUGCAGCUGGCGAUGUUGAAACAUUGACUGGUGUUGUUGAUGUUACCACCAAUUCUAACGGUGCUUUGGUGACACUGACUUCUGUUCUUUCGGCAUGUUCCGGAUGCACCGAGUACACUACUAGAUUCACGUCUUUCGAUGCGGCUGGCGAUGUUGAAACAUUCACUGGUGUUGUUGAUGUUACAACCAAUUCUAACGGUGCAUUGGUGACACUGACUUCUGUUCUUUCGGCAUGUUCCGGAUGCACCGAGUACACUACUAGAUUCACGUCUCUCGAUGCAGCUGGCGAUGUUGAAACAUUCACUGGUGUUGUUGAUGUUACAACCAACUCCAACGGUGCAUUGGUCACUCUGACUUCUGUUCUUUGUCCAGACUGCACGGAAUACACCACUACAUUCAUAUUCAGUGACUCUACUGGCGGAUUAGACACUUUGACUGGUGUUGUCGAUGUUACUACAAACAGCAAUGGUGCAUUAGUGACUCUGACUUCUUUCCUUUGUCCCGAUUGCACUGAGUACACCACUACAUUCACUUCAACUGAUUCCACUGGCGGAUUAGACACUUUGACUGGUGUUGUUGAUGUUACUACGAACUCGAAUGGUGCCUUGGUGACUCUGACUUCUUUCCUUUGUCCCGAUUGCACUGAGUACACCACUACAUUCACUUCAACUGAUUCCACUGGCGGAUUAGACACUUUGACUGGUGUUGUUGAUGUUACUACGAACUCGAAUGGUGCCUUGGUGACGCUGACUUCUGUUCUUUGUCCAGACUGCACGGCAGUACGACCACGUACGUUUAUUUCAACUGACUCUACUGGCGGAUUAGACACUUUGACUGGUGUUGUUGAUGUUACUAGAAAUAGUAAUGGUGCUUUGGUGACGCUGACUUCUGUUCUUUGUCCAGACUGCACGGAGUACACCACUACGUUUAUUUCAACUGACUCUACUGGCGGAUUAGACACUUUGACUGGUGUUGUUGAUGUUACUAGAAAUAGUAAUGGUGCUUUGGUGACGCUGACUUCUGUAUCUUUCGGAGUGUUCCGGAUGUACUGA